CCGAAGGGAGUGUAGCGGAGAUCUGAUGUAGCUGUCUUAUGUAGUUACCAAGCAGCGUAGUGUUGACAGAAGAAAUCAUGCAUAAACGUGCAUAGUAAAUAAUUCCGUAUUGCAGGCCUAGAUUUAUGGCGGUUGGUGAUACGCAUUGCUAACUUGCUACGUUGUUAUAUUUGAUUCUUUGUCAGUUUGAUUACUUAAUAUUUAUUAAAGCUACGUCGACAAGGCUGAUGCAAAGUUUAAUAAUACGAAUCGUGCAAGCGAACAAUAUAAAAGGUAUGCUUGUUUAAGCCUGUCGUUUCCUGAAAUUUGUUGAAACGCAAGACUGCUUUGACAAGAAAACAACAGCUAUUCGGAUUAGACUCAUUCUGUUGCGUUUGUUUGCUUACCAGAAGUGGUUUAACUCACAUUUUGGUUUAACACCUUCGAUUUACGCCGAAUCAAUCUGAAAGAGGAUUUUCCAUUUUCUACUAAGUUGAUGAACACAAACAUCAUGUAUGCAACUCGUAAACGGAGAAAACCGAUUCAGAAAAGGAUGAAGGCACCUGCUGAAGGAGCCAAAUCCAAUCCCUCUAAGAGGCACAGGGACCGGCUAAAUGGGGAGCUGGAGCGUUUGGCCAAUCUGCUUCCUUUCCCCCAGGAAGUCAUCUCCAAACUGGACAAACUAACCGUACUCAGGCUGAGUGUCAGCUACCUGCGAGCCAAGAGCUUCUUUAAUGUGACCCUAAAGUCAGACAGCUGCCAGAAACCAGAUGGUAACAGCCUGAAACAGCCAGAAGAGAGCUUCCUGGAAGGGGAACUGCUGCUGCAGGUGCUAAAUGGAUUUGUCCUUGUGGCCACAUCUGAUGGAGUGGUGUUUUAUGUAUCGUCUACCAUACAGGACUACCUGGGCUAUCACCAGUCUGAUAUCAUCCACCAGAAUGUCUAUGACCUCAUCCACACAGACGACAGGGCGGAGCUCCGUAGACAGCUUCACUGGGCUCUCAACCCCAGCCUCUCCCCAGAGACAGACCAGUCCUCUGACGGAACAAACACUGAAAUGAAACUGCCGUUGACAUACCACCACCCAGACCUGCUCCCUCUGGAAAACUCCACAUUUCUGGAGCGGAACUUUGUCUGCAGAGUACGAUGUCUUCUAGACAACUCCUCUGGAUUUCUUGCCAUGAGCUUUCAGGGCCGUCUGAAGUUCCUGCAGCAGAACCAGAGGACCCAGGAUGGGCUGCCAGUUCCCCCUGUGCUGGCACUCUUUGCCAUAGUCAGCCCUCUGCAGCCUCCCUCCAUACUGGAGAUCCGAACCAAGAGCUUCAUGUUCAGAACCAAGCACAAGCUGGACUUCACACCUACAGCCUGCGAUGCCAGAGGGAAGACGGUGCUGGGAUACACAGAGGCAGAGCUCUGCUACCAUGGGACAGGCUAUCAGUUCAUCCAUGCAGCCGACAUGCUGCACUGUGCAGAGAACCACAUACGCAUGAUGAAGACUGGUGAGACCGGGCUGACUGUGUUCAGGCUUCUCACCAAGCCGUGCAUAUGGGUGUGGGUGCAGGCCAACGCCAGGCUCAUCUACAAGAACGGCAAGCCUGAGUGUAUCAUCGCCUCACAAAGAGUCAUCACGGAUGAAGAAGGAGAGGAGGACAUCAGGAAACGGAACCUCAAGUUGCCGUUCGGUUUCACGUCAGGCGAGGCCGUCCUGUACGACACAAAUGGAAUGUUCCUGGAGGGAGACUCCAGCGAGAGCACAGGCACCAAGUCGUUCGAGCCCAACUCCAUGCUGGGGGCAAUGCUGAAACAGUCGGCCUACGUUUGUGUCCCUGCCCAGAACCCCAUCUCCUUCCAGCAUAGUACUGUGGCAGAUUCUGGAGAGGACCAGAUUUUCUCACGUGACUGGGAGGAAGACAUUUUGUCUUUGUCUGAAAAUGGAAUCUUCAAACGGGAACCUAUGAACAGCUCAGAGGACAAAAACAGUGACCUGUUGAGCUUCAUGAAAAGUCUGGGACUGAGCGGAGAAGACGUGGAGCUCAUUCAACAGGACGAGGAGUUUUUGCAGAUAAGCUUGGAUGAACAGGGUGGCAUGACGGAUGUAGCAGAUGAGAUCCUGUCGUAUGUACAGAAAGCACUAAAGACAUCUGACUGCAUCUUCUCAAGCACUGCUGACAGGCAGCUCACAGGGCACGAGUCCAGCUCUGCUCCACAGCACAAACAACCUCCACAUCUACACCACGGGCAACCACUGCUGCAGCCACAGCAGCAACAGCCCCUCCUGCAGCAACACCUACAUACACAGACACAUCCACAGACCUUCCCACAGCAGUACGUACAUACACAGGCAUAUCAUCACCAACCAGUUCCACAACAACAUCCACAGAAUCAGCAACUAACCCUACAACAACAUCCGCAUAAUCAGACACCGAAACUGAUUUCACUACAAAAUCCACAGACACAGCAAAUCAUUUCACAACAGCAUACACAGACACAGCAAAUCAUUUCGCAACAGCAUCCACAAACACAGCAACAAAUUUUAGCUCAGCAUCCACUGACAGUGCAACUAAUUUCACAGCAGCACCUACAGACAGGGCAGCUAACUCCACAACAACAUCCACAUACACAGACGCAGCAACUAAUUCAACAGCAACAUCUACAUACACAGCAACUAAAUCAACAGCAACAUCCACAUACACAGCAACCAAUUCAACAGCUACAUCCACGUACACAGCAACUAAUUCAACAGCAACAUCCACAGACACAGCAACUAACUCCACAGCAACUAAUUUCACAACAGCAUUUACAUACACAGGGGUAUCCCCACCAACCAAUUCCAGAGCAACAUUUGCAUACACAGGCACCUCAAUGGCAACCUUUUCCACAACAACAUUCACUUGUACAGCAGCAGAUUACACAGCACCAUUCACUUACACAGACAUUCCCACAGCAAACUGCCUCACAGCAACAUUUUCAUUCACAUAUGCAUCCAGAUCAUAUUCCACAGCAACAUGGAUGUACACAGACGCAUCUAAAGCAAGAAAUUCUGCAGCAGCAUUCUUUCUCAGAGCUGAGUUCUUUGCUCCCACCGCAACAACUACAGCAGCCACCACCACAGAACCAGGCACAGCCACAACCUUCACACAAUCAGCAGGAAUUCACACUAAAGCAGUACCCACAGCAACAGGGACAUCUGCCACAGUCACUUCCAGAACAACAACAGCAGUUGUGUCACAAGAUGAAGCACAUGCAGGUCAAUGGGAAAUGCCCAUCUCUGAAGCAGCCUGUUGCAGUGCCAACCACAAACGGCCACCCAUUGGCUCCCCAGUUGUGCACAGAUUGGAGCCUCCCACAGUAUGGACACUUUGUUCAGGCGGGCUCCACCCUGGACCUACCCUACCAGAAGCAGCUGAACAGCAUGUCCACUUCCUGCAAUCAGGGCUUCUCCACUGAAGGGCUUGCAGCUGGAGAGGCUGACAGCCUUACACCCCAGGAACUGGUGGAUCUACUGGAGAGUUUGCAGCCUGGAGCCACAGGGGAGCAGCAUUUUGCCAGCGUCCUGCAGCACGGCAGUGACACCCCCCUGUUCCAUUCCUCAGCACAGCCCAUGCACCAGUGCCUGCCUGAGACCUCUGGCCUACGACACGGGCAGCAGGUGAACCCUAAAACGCUCACACCAGGCAGUCUGGGACACCAGCCUUUCCACCAGCCAUAAUGGCAACAGUGGGAGCAUGAGUCAGAUCCAGCCUGAAUCCAGCAGAGGACCUUCCUCAGCCUGAGAAGCCCGCAUGGCCACACAGCCUCAUCUCUGGAGGGCAGAAUGCAGCUCCACCAUGUGCACAGACACAGACAAGACUGCUCCAGUGGGAAACCUGGCAUAGAGAGGGGCUCAGGGCUGGGGAUCAGUCAAAAUAUUGCAUAUCCCAAGAUCAUUUUUUCGCCUGCACUUAAUUUACAUUUUAGUCAUUUUGCAAAUGCUUUUAGCCAAAGUACUUACACAAGUGCAUUAAUAUGAUGAAUAUUUUAUAUUAUAAAGUACAAUAAUUAUCAUUUUCUUUCAGUGGUAAGGUGACAUGAAAUGGGAUUGUGAACCAAAGUUGCUCAUAUCAUUGACCACAACUUGCAAUUUGGACUUGUUGACAGUUUUGGCUGUUAAAUGUAAGCAAUGAUCUGUAUUCAUAUUGGAUAAAUUAGAUCAUAGUUCAUCUGAAGCUUAAAGUUCAAAUGCAGAUAUGUGAAUGCUAUUUGGACUUAAUUUGGUUAUUCGCAUGCUUGUAUCAAUGGGUUUUGAUGCAUUAAUAGAAGGAGAUAUACAAGGGACCUUCACUUCUGAAUCAUUUUAUAUAUUUUUUUGGAGCCUUCUUCAGCAGUAUUUAAAGAUAUGCGUGUCUGUGAAAAAAAAUUUCUUUGCUUAACUGUAUAGGUCUGUCUUCCCCAGGUGUACAUUUUCAAACAUGUUUUGUUUAACCAUUUGUAAACCUUUUUUUUUUAAUUUUUUUUUUUAAGAAAGUAUUCAAGGUGGCAAUUUGAAGUAAUUAAGGAAAGGAUGAAAGUUUAAAAGUUAUAUGGGGGCAAUUUAAUAUGCAUAUCCCUUUUGAUUUUAGUAAAGUAUGUUUAACUAGAGCUUGAAAUGUUUGGUUCUUUGGUUAAACAUAAUAGGAAAUUACUUCCUAUUUGGAAGAGUCAGCAUAAAGUUUAUUGAUGGAAAUUCCAUGUAGUGAUGUGCACUUUGAUCAAUUUUCCAUUUAGAGUCAACAUAAAAAUACUAUCAUAAUAGUAAUAUAUCAAACUCUGCCACCAAACACAUUUUAAAUAAUGUGAAAAUAUUCACACUUUCGAACAGGAAAAGCAAUAACAUGAAUCGUAUUUUGUAUUUUGCAACGCAGUCAGACUGAUUAAUAUUUUGUGAAUAAUUCUCAUAUUUCAAAUAUUUGGUCCCAUCCAAAUUCCAAGUACUGUAUAUACCCCGAAUUUAUAAAUGCUUAAUAUGUCCAAUCAAAUACUCUCCUUGAGUUUCAUAUUCUUAGAGAGCAGCUCUUGUGCCUUAUAAAAUUUAAGUUUUUUCUGUCAGGACAGUUGAUAACGGUUACAUGAUCAUGUUUGGAUUGAAAUGGGCUUCCUUUCAUUCAUUUUCACUGACACAUCCCACUUUAUGAAUCUAUGCACUUGUACAAAAUUUUAAAUACAAAACAAUAUGUUGCACUUUUAUUGAGACUGUAGACAAUCAGACACAUGUAGCGCUUUUACACUUUUUUGUGUUGAACUGAGCCAGUUUUGUUAACGAACAGGGUGGGUUGGCACAGGACUUGUGGGUUUUUAAAAGGUCCAAUUUGAACAUACCGAGAGAUAUAAAACACUUCUCAAAUGAAUAGUUAUUUAAUAUUUUAUUUCUGCCACAAAAAAAAUUGUGAAUUAAAAAAAAAAAAAAUGAUGUAAGUUUGAUUUUCAUGUUUGUUUGUUGUGUAUAAACUAUGUAAUUAACUAUAUGAGCUUCCCUUAUAGAUCUAGUUGGUUUCAUAAAUAAUUCAAUGCUGCUUCAAUAAGUGCUUGGAAGUGCCUAAUUUUUAAUAAGUAAAUAUUUGAGAAAUCUGA